UCGAGAUAUAAUUUUCAUUCCUUAGCGUCGUCAAGGAAAGAUGGAAAAGUGUUACCUGAAUGUUGAAGGAAUGACCUGCGCGUCGUGUGUAUUAGCCAUUGAGAACCAUGCACAAAAGCUGGAAGGUGUAGAAAAAGUUUUGGUUGCACUACUGGCUGGACGUGCUGAGGCCGUAUAUGAUCCAAAAGUCACAUGUCCUGAGAAGAUAGCUGAAGCGAUUUCUAAUAUUGGAUAUGAAGCUAAUGUUAUUGAAAAAUCAAGUAAAAAGAGAAUGUGUCUUGAGCUUAAGAUCUCUAAGCAAGACGGCCCACUUGAUGCAAACCUUAUUGAGAGGUCAGCUCUAUCCAUUCCUGGUGUGUCAAGUGCCAUAUUUGACCCUGAAAGCAAUGUUGGAAGGUUUGAGUUCAGCCGUGACCAUAGCAACAAUCGUCAAAUUGCAGAUGCUUUGGAGGCGGUGGGCUACACUGUUGAGCCAGUCAUUAAAACAACCAAGCAUGUUUCUCAGCAAAUGGAGAGUGCCAAGUGGAGAAAGUCAUUCCUGAUCUGCUUGAUAUUUGGAGUUCCGACAAUGCUGAUUAUGAUGUACUUCAUGUGGUUUUCUGACCACCACCAUCCAUACAUGAUUAUGCCUGGACUCUCACUGGAAAACCUUCUUUUGUUCAUCUUUUCAACGCCCACUCAGUUUCUUGGAGGAAGAUAUUUCUACGUAAGAGCUUGGAAGGCGCUUGCACAUUGUUCAUCCAACAUGGACCUGCUGAUUACAAUGGCCACUCUCAUUUCUUACACUUACUCAGUUAUUGUAGUGUCCAUUUACAUGUACCUGCAGAAGCAAACAAGUCCGAUGACGUUCUUUGAUGUGCCUCCAAUGCUUUUCAUUUUUGUUGCACUUGGUCGUUGGUUGGAGAGCAUUGCUAAGGGCAAAACGUCAGAGGCCUUGUCAAAACUACUCAUGAUGGCUCCUAAAGAGGCUCAUCUUAUUACCCUAGGACAGAACCUAGAAAUAACUUCGGAAAGGAUCAUAUUUGUGGACUUUAUCAUCGAGGGAGAUGUACUGAAGGUGCUUCCAGGGGAAAAAGUGCCGGUGGAUGGAGUUGUUCUGCGUGGGACUUCCAAAGUUGACGAGUCACUCAUAACUGGAGAGUCCAUGCCUGUCUCAAAGUCUGAAGCAUCCUGUGUGAUUGGUGGAUCUAUCAAUGGUAAUGGACUACUGAUCAUCAAAGCCACACAUACUGGAGAAAUGACAAUGCUUUCGCAAAUUGUCCAACUGGUAGAAGAAGCGCAGACGUCAAAGGCUCCCAUUCAGAAGAUAGCAGACAGGAUUGCAAGAUUUUUCGUCCCAUUUGUACUGGUUGUGUCAAUUACAACUUUGGUUGGAUGGAUUGCAGUCGGGUACCUAGACAUUUCAUAUCUUCCAAUUAAGAUUUUGGGCAACAAGAACGAAGCAAUCGUCCAGUAUGCAUUUCAGUGUGCAUUGAGCGUUUUGGCUAUUGCAUGUCCUUGUGCUCUUGGUCUUGCAACUCCAACUGCUGUAAUGGUCAGCACUGGCGUCGGCGCAAAAAACGGAAUUCUAGUCAAAGGCGCUGAAACGCUUGAAAAAGCAAAGAAGGUUGACACAAUUGUUUUUGACAAAACUGGUACAAUCACUUGUGGUAAAGCUGCUGUGUCUGCAAUCUAUCUUUGCGCCAAAGAGUCUGUUCUUUCAUUUGCGCAAUUGAUGGCCAUCCUCGGAACGGCUGAAAGCGGAAGCGAGCACCCAAUUGGAAAAGCCAUAACAAACUACAUCAAACGUCUAGUGAGUGAAGUGGAUCAUCUAGGGUUGGCGGAGGCGUUUGUGAUAAUACCUGGGCAAGGAUUGAAAUGCGUUGUUUCCGGGGUGGACAAUUUAGCAAGAAAAAUUACACUGAAUCUUUCCAUGUUGAAAUUCAGUAACCAAGACAGGAAAAUUGGAGGAACUGAUGUAACUUAUCUCAAUGGUUCUCUUAACUCUGAAGUUAUUGACCAAUUAUUUGAAAGCGUCUACAAAGAUGGUUUUUUCUCUUAUGAAGUGCACCUAGGAAAUAGAGAGUGGAUGGGUCUUAACAACAUCACAGUUUCGGAGAUAGUAGAUUUCAAAAUGAAACAAGAGGAAGAAAAGGGACACAUUGUUGUCUUAUUUGCUAUUAAUGGUUCUGUAUCGGCCAUAAUUUGUAUAUCUGACCAAAUUAAAGAAGAGGCCCACUUGGCUGUAUUUUCACUAAAGAAGAUGGGGAUUGACGUCAUUCUGCUGACCGGAGACAACCAUCGUACAGCAAAAUCUGUUGCACAUCAAGCUGGCAUUGAUGAAGUUAUAUCUGAGGUUCUUCCAUCCCAAAAGGUUUCAAAGAUCAGAGAGCUCCAGGAGAAUGGCAGGAGAGUUGCAAUGAUUGGUGAUGGCGUGAACGAUUCACCUGCUUUGUCCCAAGCCAACGUUGGCAUAGCGGUUGCUAGUGGUACUGACGUUGCUGUGGAAGCUGCUGAUGUUGUGCUGAUGAGGGAUGAUUUGUUGGACAUUAUUGGCUUUUUAAAACUUUCGAAGACAACCGUAAGAAGAAUUUGGAUCAACUUUGCUUUUGCCAGCAUUUAUAACUUGGUUGGAAUCCCAAUCGCUGCCGGAGUCUUCAGUCCAUUUGGAUUCUUACUGCAGCCAUGGAUGGCAUCUGCAGCUAUGGCUUUGAGCUCCGUAUCUGUGGUGCUGUCGUCUUUACUCCUCAAAGAUUUCAAGAAACCAGGCAGAGAUUCUCUGUUGACCAAUGAAUAUAAAGAUACACUGCCUUGGUCUCCGAGGGCACAAUGCUUAUUUAAGACGAGGACUGAAAAAGGAACUCUAAAAGGUGCUGUUUUGCUGAACAUGAGACAGCUUGAGACAACAGUUUGAGUUAGUAAACUACAAUGAUUGUUAUUUUUUUUUUUUUUUCAAAUAAUUUGAAA